AUGACAGUGGUAGCAGCUGGGUCGAUCUUGUCUCCAAAUCCGGCAUGGGGACUUAUGAAUCCACAAGAGGCUGGUACAGCGUUGUUCAGCUGUGCUGCCACAAACUGGCCGCGCAAGACCAUCGGGGAGAUAAAUGUGCCUCAACAACCGUCCCCCGAUCUCGAGUCCAUCUUGGCAGAAGUUGACCGCUCAAAUAUCGAGGCAACCAUCUUGAAGCUCGUCUCUUUCGGCACGCGACACACGCUUUCAGUUCAGAACAGUACGACCCGGGGAAUAGGGGCAGCUCGAGACUGGAUCGCGUUUGAGUUCCAGCGCUAUGCCAACGCAAGCGAUGGACGACUGACCGUUGAGACUAUCGGGUACGAGCAGCCGUCCGAUGGCAACCGCAUUCUGUUUCCAGUGCGUAUCAGCGAUGUGGUAGCAACACUCCACGGCACAGAGACACCAGAGCGUCUAUAUGUCGUGUCGGGGCACUACGACAGCCGAGUGACAGACGUGCUAGACUACACAUCCUUUGCCCCUGGCGCCGACGACGACGCCUCCGGCGUGGCCAUCUCCCUCGAACUUGCACGCAUCAUGUCCCAGCCAAACUACCCCCGUCCGAAAGCCAGCAUCGCCUUCGCGGCCGUGGCAGGGGAGGAACAGGGCCUGUUUGGGUCCACGUACCUAGCGCAAACGUACGCCAACGCCACGCCUAAGGUCAACGUAGAGGGCAUGUUCACCAACGACAUCGUGGGCUCCUCCACCGCCGACGACGGCACCGCCGAUCCCUUCACCAUCCGCCUCUUCGCGCAGGGUCUCCCGCCCCUGACGGUCGAGAACUCCACGGCGCGAGAGAGGCGCCUUACCAUCGGAGGGGAAAACGACACCCCCGCUCGCAACCUGGCCCGGUUCGUCAAAGAAGUUGCCGACAACGACGCCACAGGGAUGAACGUCUCGGUUGUCUACCGGCUGGACCGCUACCUGCGUGGCGGCGAUCAUCGGCCAUUUCUUGAGGCGGGGUAUCCGGCGAACCGGUUCACGGAGCCGAAUGAGGAUUUUGCGCACCAGCACCAGGAUGUUCGGGUGGAAGAGGAGAGCGGGAAGCAGUAUGGUGACUUGCCUGAGUUCUGCGACUUUAAUUUCAUUGCCCGUGUCGCGAGGGUGAAUGGCGCGGCGCUGUGGAGUUUGGCGAAUUCGCCUGGCAUUCCGAGGAAUGUGAGGGUUAAUUCAACGGAGUUGAGUAAUGAUAGCAUCUUUUAUUGGGACCCGCCGGCGGCGGGGGAGGAAGGGGCUGGCGUGGGAGGUUAUGAGGUCGUUUGGAGGGCGACGGAUGCGCCGUUUUGGACGGACGUUAUGGAUGUUGGGUUGGUUAAUGAGAUCACGGUCGAUUUGAGUAAGGAUAAUGUUGUCUUUGGUAUUAGGGCUAAGAGUGCGGACGGGUCGAGGGGAGUGGCCGUUUUGCCGUUUCCGGUAUCGUGA